AUGCAAUGGCGAAUUGCCAUUUUAGCUGCUUAUCGAACUUAUGCCUUAAUUAGACUAAAGAAGGAUGUUUAGGAUCCUUAAAAUCCAGAAUUCAUUCUCAAGUAUUGCAGAGGUAAAACUUGUAUUUUUGAAUUCUUAGAUAGAGAAAUUUACGUUGAUGGAACUCAGAAGGACACAGUGAUUUAACUGGGCACUAAAUCUCACCCUUACUCAAUGCUUGACGAUAUUUUUAGAGAGACAUUUAACAAAUUAUCAAAAAUUUAAACUAACUUAACUAUUUAUGUCAAAGAGGGCAGCAUAAUAAAUCUUUACUCUUAAUCUAUGCCUAUUUUGAUAUUAAACUCAGACAUAGAAAUAAACAUUUCUAAAAAUCAAACUAAUACGUCAUCUGAUAUAGGAUUUGCAACAUUUAAUAUUAUUGAGGAGAGUUAUGAAUUUACUAGAGCCAAUUCGGGCUUUAACCCAAGUAUUUAUCUUAAUGGAAGUGUCAUAGAUUAUGAUAUCAGCAGUAAAUAUCUUGAUGGAUAACUCGAUUCUGUUGAAGCUACUGCAACUAAAUAUAAAUUUCAUGUCUACAGAUCUAAUCUUAAGUUUCAAGAUAUACUUUUCAUUUAAAAAGACUAAAAGGUUUAACUUACUGAUGAUGCAUUGGUGUCAGGAUAUACAAAUCCAUAUCGUUGGAUCAGUUUUAUUCGAUGCUAGUUCUCUCUAUUAACAUUUAUCAUUUUUACCAAUUAUGGAACUAACCUUUUAAUAUAAAAUUCGGUCAUAGACAUUUCUUAGUAAGCUUUUGGAAUAUUUUCAAAUUUUAUGAACUGUGAUGCUUAUUGGAAUGAGGGUUAUUCUGGAAACUUGAUUCUUGACUAAAACAAAUUUAUUGGAUAGAAUUCUGUAACAUAAAUUAGCUUGUUUGAAGCAUCAAGUUAUUCGAAUUUCACUGUCAUCGGGAAUACAUUUGAAAAUGCUUUUUGGAGAAGUCAAGCUCGAUCUUUUAGUUAUGAAGCUUACGAAGAUAAUUAAUAAGUAUGA